UCUUCUUCUGUGGUUUGUCGUUACAUCCGUAGGAAAUCGACUGUAAAAAAUCCUUUCCUCUGGUUUUUGUGACAGUCUUCCACACUAACAUUAAGCAUUUUAAACAUGUCUUCUCCGCUGCUUCUCAGAGCUUUUGUGAACGAGAGACUGACAGCUGCUGCCGAUGAAAUAUUUCACUGUUUUGAACGAACAAUCUUGAAAUAUGAAGACGAAGCUUCGAGCUCUAAACAGGAAAUCGAGCGACUGAGAGGUGUGCUGCUGGAGUUUGCAUCAAACACAAACCACAACACAGUAUCUUCUCAGGCGUUGUUGUGUAAAGAUGAAUCUUCCCCUGAGCACCACCUCUGUGAGCAGGAGCCGGGCCCCAGCGUCUCUCAGGAGGAACCAGAGCUCCGGCACAUUAAAGAGGAAGAAGAUGAACUGUGGGCCGAUCAGCAACAACAAGAAGAAGAGGAACAGGAUGUGGAGUUUGGGGAUGUGGAUGCCUCUUACCUACCUCACUCAUCUGUCUGUGAACAACAUGAGGACGAGGACACAGAAUCUCAGACUGAAAACAGUGAUUACGAGGAGCAGUUUAAGGGGCAAACUGAAAAUGUACACGUAAUGUUACAUCUCCCUCAAUUUACAGAAACUCUAGUCCAAAAUGAUGGAGUCCAAGAUGUUCGGGACAAUGGAAUACCUGUUGCAAGCUUUACCUCAAACCAAACCUACACAGAGCAAACUUCCUCCAUCGCCUCCAGAGAAACCACUGAGUUAAAUCAGUAUCUCCCCUGCUUUUUGUGCGAUAGAUCAUUUACUUCCAAUUAUCACUUGACAAAUCAUGCUUUCCGCAUACAUACAAGGAUUACAGACGUCAUCUGCGCGGUGUGCGGACAGACCAUGGAGUCCAACCAAAGCCUUAACCUGCACCUCAGAUCUCACAAGAGCUCCAGAUGUUGUCAGGUGUGUGGCAAACAGUGCAACAGCAUUACUGUAAUGAGCGAACACAUGGCGAGCCACGCCGGGGUCAAACUGCAUCGCUGCCAAAUCUGCGGGAAAGAGUGCAGCCGGAAAGGAGAUUUAAAGAUUCACAUGAGGAUCCACACGGGCGAGAAGCCGUUCUGCUGCUCCCACUGUGAUAAGAGCUUCACCCACAGCGGACACCUGAAGAAGCACAUGAGGAGCCACACGGGAGAGAGGCCGCACCGCUGUGAGCUCUGCGGCAGAGGAUUCCUCCAGAGCGCACACCUGAAGUAUCACAUGGGGACGCACACUCAGAAAUAUUAAAUGUAUCCCCCUGAGCCUGUGUUUUUAGGAAGGUUAUUUGCUGAGUGUGAGAGACAUUUAUCAAGCAUGUUACAUCUCUUACUGUAAAUGUUAAAGUAACAUUUGAGAGCAGCUCAUAAGAUAUAACAUUAUUCAUAUAAGCAGAAAUUGCCAACAGUUUCCCUAAGUAUGCCAUAUUGUCAUUUAUUUGUAUUAUUAUUUUAGAGAUAUCUUUCUUAUUUUUAAAUCUUUAAUAACAAGUAUCAGGAGUAUAAGGGAAACAUCUUUUGCUGAUAUUUUUCAUUUAAUUACAACUUUUAGCUGUUAAAUGUGUUCAUUUUCACUGUUGACAAGUUGGGAACUCAUUAUUUAGUAACAACUAACAGGAAGACUUAACUAUUUCCAGUAAUAUCACUGCUGUAAACAUCAAGAAAAUAAAAUGUGUGUGUCAAUAGAUAGAACUUUUCCUAUAUUUCUUUUUAGUAUUAUAGCUUUUCAUUCAUCAGACUCAAGUUAUGAAUGCUCACAUGACAUUUAGUCUGUUUCUGGUCUGUGAUGAAUAUGGUUCACCACUAGGGGGAGCUGUAGUA